AUGUCACACGCUAUGCAGUCGCAGUUACACUUGGACACAGACAGCGACUUUGACGAUCAGUGUGGCAAUCCUAGUCGCAUCUCUAUUCUGGGCCCCAGCGCUUCCAAAGGGGAACUUCUAGAGACACUCAAAGCGCUGCAAAUUCACAUACAGCGGCUUCAGGACGAAAACAAGAGUAUCAAGGAGGAGAACAAGACUUUACUUGCUGACAAGCCCAAACGAAAACGGCGCGCAGACACUCAGCACGAACUUAGCGCUCACGAGGAUACUAUCACCAUCUAUGCUCCAACGCAGGACUCUGCCUUCCUAGACGAGCUUUAUCAUCAUUUCCCUGAAUCACUGCACAAGGUGAUGGAAAGCUCGUAUUUCAGUGAUCUUGUACUGAAAAGUAUUCCUGAUGCUCGCGCCAAUGAAAUCAAAAAACUUCGUGGUGUCGCUGGUGAUAUUUUCGACCUUCCUUCAAAGUACUUCACCAACACCAACUUUGAGAGAGCCACUAUCCCCGAAAUACAACAGUUACUCGGUGUUUCAUCUGCUACAAACCAGAUAUACAAGACUUUUCCGCCGGUCUUGUUUCCAGGGUUGAAAGAGGAUGGGUCGCUGAAGACGGUGUUUGGGAAUUGGGAGUUACUAGCCCGAAUUCUCAAAGCUUCACUCCGUGGUGUUACCUCACUCCAUGACAGAUCGAGUGGUGGCGGUGGUGCACACACCAAUUCUCUCAAGUGGAGCGUUCAUCAGAUCACGCCAGGAGCAAUAGCAUGGGCAGCCGCAAUAUUUCUACUCUCGCCGGACACCGAGUUCUCAAGCUCUGGUCUUGGGAAGAAGUCGAGUAUCAAUUACAAGAGUCUAUUUUACAACUACAAGAAAGUUCUUGUUUCGAAAUGGACCACCAAGCGCAUUGUUUCGAUUGUUGCCAACAUUAACCGCUACGUCUUCAAGGUUGCCAAAGGACCUGCCAUUGAUUCGGCCAAGCAAGAGGAUCAUACUAAUGCUAUUACGCACUCAAAUAGAUCUGUUAUGCGGAGCCCUAAGAGGGGCGUCGUCCGCUAA